GCAUGGUUGGUAGCCUGAGCUGCCUCUCAACUCUUCGCUCGCCUUUUUUACUGCUGUGGGCCAACUAGCAUCCGAGUGAAGGCUACCGCCGUUCUCUGAUUGGCUCAUUUUGCUCCCGUUGGGGUAGGCUGCGCACCGGAUAUAUCUAGCCGGCGGCAGAGCACGCCGUUGCGUGAGGUGCUUCUCGUCCGCCGGGCAGGCCUGUGGUGAAGCGACGCCUCCCGCUCCCGUCCCACUCCGCCCGCAGUUUUCAGCUGACCAAAGAAAUGGUGAUGGAGAAGCCAAGUCCCCUGCUGGUCGGGCGGGAAUUCGUGAGGCAGUACUAUACUCUGCUGAACCAAGCACCUGACUAUUUGCACAGGUUUUAUGGAAAGAACUCUUCCUACGUCCAUGGUGGCUUGGAUUCCAAUGGAAAACCAGCUGACGCAGUCUAUGGGCAAUCUGAUAUCCACAAGAAGGUGCUGUCAUUGAACUUCAAGGAUUGCCACACAAAGAUUCGUCAUGUGGAUGCCCAUGCUACUCUCAACGAUGGUGUUGUAGUCCAGGUGAUGGGAGAGCUCUCCAAUAACAUGCAGCCUGUGCGCAGAUUCAUGCAAACAUUUGUACUUGCGCCUGAGGGUUCUGUUGCAAACAAGUUUUAUGUCCACAAUGAUAUCUUCCGUUACCAAGAUGAGGUUUUUGGUGACUCUGACACUGAGCCUCCAGAGGAAUCAGAGGAGGAAGGGGAGGAACCUGAGGAAAGACAGCAGACACCUGAGGCUGUUCCUGAUGAUACCGGUGCUUAUUAUGAGCAGGCUGUCAGCAAUGACAUUGAGGAACACCUGGAAGAGACUGCUGCAGAGGCAGAGCCUGAGCCUGAGCCAGAACCUGAACAGGAACCUGAACCAGAGGUGCAGGAAGAAAAAUCUGAGCCGGUAUUAGAGGAGUCAGCUCCAGAAGAGACUGUGGAAAAGAGUCCUUCUCCAGCUCCUGCUGAUCCGGCUCCUGCAGUGCAAGAGGAUUCUAGGACAUUUUCCUGGGCAUCAGUAACCAGUAAGAACCUCCCUCCCAGUGGAGCUGUUCCAGUAUCAGGAAUACCACCUCACGUUGUGAAAGUACCGGUCUCGCAGCCCCGCCCUGAGGCAAAGCCUGAAUCUCAGACCCCACCUCAGAGACCUCAGAGGGAUCAGCGAGUGAGGGAACAGCGAACAAGCAUCCCACCACAGAGGGGUCCUAGACCAAUUCGUGAGGGUGAACAAGGUGAUGUGGAAACUAGACGGAUUGUGAGAUACCCAGACAGUCAUCAGCUGUUUGUUGGGAACCUUCCCCAUGAUGUGGAUAAAACUGAACUUAAAGACUUUUUCCAAAAACUUGGCUUUUCUCUUGCAGGCUAUGGCAAUGUUGUUGAACUCCGCAUCAACAGUGGUGGAAAGCUCCCUAAUUUUGGGUUUGUGGUGUUUGAUGAUCCUGAACCAGUCCAGAAGAUCCUUAGCAGCAGGCCCAUCAUGUUCAGGGGAGAGGUGCGCCUGAACGUGGAGGAAAAGAAAACACGAGCUGCCAGGGAGGGUGACCGCAGAGAUAACAGACCACGUGGACCUGGAGGCACUCGUGGGGGGCUGGGAGGUGGGAUUCGAGGGCCUCCACGUGGAGGAAUGUCCCAGAAGCCAGGAUUUGGAGCUGGAAGGGGGAUCGGGCAACGCCAGUGAAUGCAUCACGGAUGUUGACAUGGUGGCGCAAACCCUUUUUCCUGCAGAUUUGUGAAUUUCAGCCUUGGGUAUCUUGGAAUGUGGCCCUAGCCUGUUAUAGACUGCUACGUUUGAUACUAUUUUGGCCCCUUUUUGUUUGUGUUAUGGUUUUGUGAUUUUUUUUUCCUAGUCCUUGUCCCAGAUUCCAGCUUUGUGGAACAACGUUUUAGGAAAAGUGGAUUUUUAAAAAGAAAAAACUGAAUUUUCUUGUUCACCUCAAACUUGCGGACUGGAUUUUUUGGUACCAGUGGUUUUUCCUAAAGGAAUGUCUCUUUAUUUUUUCUUUUUCUUUUUUUUCUCUUGCCCUUUCUACUGAAUUUGGGUGCAUUUCAGUCAGUGGAAUAAUAUUUCACGUGCAUGCGUUCAAGAGCCUAUAGGAAAACAAUAGUACUUGACAAGUAUUUCAAGGGCAGAAAAACAAAACUAUUGAUUUUAUUCUUUGGGGGUCGUACGAACAUCCUCUGGCCUGGAGAUAUUGCCACUUGAAAAAUAGACAUUCACCUUUCUCUCUGUGGCGCUGUAAAAGUGGAAUAAUGGGUAUCCGUAGAAUCUUUUUUCUUUUGAUACAUGAUUUCAGAAAGGAAUUCGAACUACUGUUUUACCACUUUAAAAUUUUGGAUUGUGGGAUAGGUUUUAAAUGUCUAGAACUUGACUCUUAAAACACUUUUCCUGAACUUGUGAAAUUUUUUUAUUGAAAUAGGGAGUUUUUUUCAUGUUUAGUUUGUAUUUGUAUAAAAAAAAAAGCAAAAUUGUUGUGCCUUCUAUUUAUCUCUCAUUCCAGUCUUGGCAAAUUGUUUAAAAAAAAAAAUAAAAAUAAAAAAGGUCUAGAUUUGCUUUAUCAA